AUCCACCGCCUGCCCAUGCCCAACCUCAAAGACGAGCUGCAUUCCUCGGGGUGGAGCACUGGCUGCACCUGCUUUGACAAUAUCACAACGAAAAGGAACAAGCUGAUUCUUCCCUGUUUGAUUUCUUCCCGCAUUUACGUGGUGGAUGUGGGUUCACAGUGCCGGGCUCCCAAGCUGUGUAAGAUGAUUGAGCCAGUGGAUGUCUUCUGGAAGUGCAACAAGGGAUACCUCAACGUACCUCGCAGCCUGCCUAAUGGUGAUAUUCUGAUUGCCAACAUGGGAGAUGCAGCUGGCAAUGGAAAAGGUGGAUUUAUUGUGCUGGAUGGAGAGACCUUUGAGCUGAAGGGGAACUGGGAAAAUGAGUGUGAGGCCCCCCCAACUGGAUAUGACUUCUGGUACCAGCCACGCCACAAUGUUCUGAUCAGCUCUGCUGGAGUGGUCCCAAAACGUGCGGGAUAUGGAUUUAACCCCAACGACUUGAAGAAGGGGGUCUUUGGGCGCCGCCUGAACGUGUGGAACUUGUCCUGCCGCUCCCUCAUCCAGUGCUUUGACCUGGGGGAGGACUCUCUGCCCCUGAGUGUGAAAUUCCUCCACAACCCUGAUGCUGCCGAGGGAUACGUCAGCUGCGCCCUGAGUGGCGUCGUCUACCGCUUCUACAGGCACUGCGAGGCAAACAACUGGGCAGUCGAAGAGGUGAUUCGGAUCCCGGCCAAGGACGUGACGGGAUGGAUUAUGCCCAAGAUGCCAGCCUUCACAGUCGACCUCAUCAUCUCAAUGGAUGACAAGUACCUGUAUCUCAGCAACUGGCUGCACGGAGACAUCCGCCAGUAUGAGCUCUCCAAAACCUGCAAGCCCAAGCUGGUGGGACAGGUGUUUGUGGGAGGCAGUAUCCUCAGAGGUGGACCCGUGACUGUGUGUAGAGAUGAAGAGCUGAAGUGCCAGCCGGAGCCCUUGGUGAUCAAGUGCAAGAGAGUGUACGGCGGCCCUAGUACAAUGCAGCUCAGCCUGGACGGCAAGAGGCUGUACGUCACCAACUCCUUCUACAGCACGUGGGACAAGCAGUUCUACCCGAACAUGGUCAGGGAAGGCUCUGUCAUGCUGCAGAUUGAUGUGGACACUGAGAGAGGAGGCCUGACUGUGAACAAGAACUUCCUGGUGGAUUUUGGAAAGGAACCCAACGGGCCUUGCCUUGCCCAUGACAUCCACUUCCCUUGUGGGGAUUCCACCUCCGAUAUCUUGGCCUAGGCGCCAUGUGAAAGACUCCCUUCUUCUCUCUCU